GAUUAAACCAGUCAGAACUGAACAGAUCUAGUUACAACCAAACAACAUGGCAUCUGAUACACUCAGCAAGAAAAUUCGAUGUAAAGCCGCAGUAUUAUGGGAAGUUAAUACACCAUUAGUUAUAGAAACUAUCGAGGUUGAGCCACCUAGAGCUGGAGAAGUCAGAAUUAAAAUUCUAGCUACCGGUGUAUGUAAGACAGAUGCCUAUUUGUUAGAUAGGGUAGACCCUAGUAAGAAUUAUCCAGUAAUAUUAGGACAUGAAGGAGCUGGUAUUGUUGAAAGUGUUGGUGAAGGAGUUACAAAUGUAGCGCCUGGUGAUCAUGUAGUGCCACUUUAUUACCCUCAAUGUUACCAGUGUAAAUUCUGUAAAAACCCUAAAACUAACUUCUGCUCAAAAGUAAGAGCUACCCAGAUGAAAGGUGUGAUGCCUGAUGGAACGUCCAGAUUUCGAUGUAAUGGUAAAAAGUUAUUCCAUUUUAUGGGAUGUAGUACAUUCAGUGAAUAUACUGUUGUAGCUGAUGUUUCUGUUUGCAAGGUAGAUUCCACUGCACCAUCAGAGAAAGUUUGUUUAUUAGGCUGUAGUAUAUCAACAGGGUAUGGAGCUGUUGUCAACACUGCUCAAGUUGAAUCUGGUUCAACAUGUGCUGUUUGGGGAUUAGGAGCUGUAGGAUUAGCUGUUAUUAUGGGGUGUAAAAUAGCUGGUGCUAAAAGAAUUAUUGGUGUAGAUAUUAACUCUGAUAAAUUCAAAGUUGCUGAAGAUUUUGGAUGUACAGAAUUUAUAAAUCCUAAGGAUUAUGAUAAACCAAUACAAGAAGUUAUAGUAGAGAAAACAGAUGGAGGGUGUGAUUAUACAUUUGAAUGUAUUGGUAGUGUUGAAGCAAUGAGAGCAUCACUUGAUGCCUGUCAUAAAGGAUGGGGUGUAUCAACUAUAUUAGGAAUGACACCACCUGGAGCAGAAUUAACAGCAAAACCUUACUCCAUUGUUACAGGAUGUGUUUGGAAAGGGUCUGUAUUUGGAGGUUGGAAAAGCCAGGACAGUUUGCCAACACUGGUUGAAGAGUACAUGCAAAAUAAAUUAAAAGUAGAUGAAUUUGUUAGUUUUACAUUACCAUUAGCUAAAAUAAAUGAGGGAUUCGACUACAUGAGGAAAGGAGUAGGAAUAAAGUCAGUAGUUAUAUUUGAUUAGUUGCAGCUUUUUUUGGGGAAAGAGUGUCAGUAAUAAACAUUAUUCAAACUGG